AUGCGCCCCCCGCGUCCCUACGCUGCGCUGCUCCCGCUCCUGGCCGCGCUCCUGGCCGCGCCCCCGGUGGCCCUGGCCGAGGCCCCUUACCUGGUGCGCGUGGACGCGGCCCGCGCGCUGCGGCCCCUGCGGGCCUUCUGGAGGAGCACGGGCUUCUGCCCCCCACUGCCACACAGCCAGGCUGACCAAUACGACCUCAGCUGGGACCAGCAGCUCAACCUCGCCUAUGUGGGCGCCGUGCCUCACAGUGGCAUUGAACAGGUCCGGACCCACUGGCUGCUGGACCUCGUCACAGCCAGGAAGUCGGCUGGGCAGGGUCUGACCUACAACUUCACCCACCUGGACGGGUACCUGGACCUUCUCAGGGAGAACCAGCUCCUUCCGGGAUUUGAGCUGAUGGGCAGCCCCUCAGGACACUUCACCGACUUUGAGGACAAACAGCAGGUGUUUGAGUGGAAAGACCUGGUCUCUCUCCUGGCCAGGAGAUACAUUGGUAGGUACGGACUCGCGCACGUUUCCAAGUGGAACUUCGAGACGUGGAACGAGCCGGACCACCACGACUUUGACAACGUCUCCAUGACCACACGAGGUUUCCUGAACUACUACGACGCGUGCUCCGAGGGUCUGCGCGCUGCCAGCCCCUGCCUGCGGCUGGGAGGCCCUGGGGACUCCUUCCACGCCCCUCCGCGAUCUCCGCUGUGUUGGAGUCUCCUGAGCCACUGUCACAACGGCACCAACUUCUUCACGGGGGAAGUGGGCGUGCGGCUGGACUACAUCUCCCUGCACAAGAAGGGUGCGGGCAGCUCCAUCUCCAUCCUGGAGCAGGAGAAGGCGGCCGUGGGGCAGAUACAGCAGCUCUUCCCCAAGUUCGCGGACACCCCCGUUUACAACGACGAGGCAGACCCGCUGGUGGGCUGGUCCCUGCCGCAGCGGUGGAGGGCCGACGUGACCUACGCGGCCAUGGUCGUGAAGGUCAUCGCGCAGCACCAGAACCUGCUGGUCGCUGGCAGCGGCGCCCGUGUCCACUUCGCGCUGCUGAGCAACGACAACGCCUUCCUGAGCUACCACCCACACCCGUUCUCGCAGCGCACGCUCACCGCGCGCUUCCAGGUCAACAACACCCGCCCGCGCCACGUGCAGCUGCUGCGCAAGCCGGUGCUCACGGCCAUGGGGCUGCUGGCCCUGCUCGAUGGGGAACAACUUUGGGCCGAGGUGUCGCGGGCCGGGACUGUGCUGGACAGCAACCACACGGUGGGCGUCCUGGCCAGCGCCCACCACCCCGAGGGCCCUGCUGAUGCCUGGCGCGCCACGGUGCUGCUCUACGCAAGCGACGACACCCGCGCGCAUGCCAACCGCAGCCUUGCCAUGACACUGCAACUGCACAGGGUGCCCCCCGGCCCAGGGCUCGUCUAUGUCACGCACUACCUGGACAACCGGCUCUGCAGCCCACACGGAGAGUGGCAGCGCUUGGGCCGGCCCGUCUUCCCCUCGGCCGAGCAGUUCCGGCGCAUGCGCGCGGCAGAGGACCCGGUGGCCACGGCGCCACGCCCCUUCCCCGCCGGUGGCCGCCUGACCCUGCACCCGGAGCUCGCGUUGCCCUCGCUUCUGCUGGUGCACGUGUGCGCACGACCCGAGAAGCCACCCGGCCAGGUCACCCGGCUCCGUACUCUGCCCCUGACCCGAGGGCAGCUGGUCCUGGUCUGGUCUGAUGAACGCGUGGGCUCCAAGUGCCUGUGGACAUAUGAGAUCCAGUUCUCCCAGGAUGGUAAGGUGUACGCCCCAGUCAGCAGGAGGCCAUCGACCUUCAACCUCUUUGUUUUCAGCCCAGAAACAGCUGUUGUCUCUGGCUCCUACCGGGUUCGAGCGCUGGACUACUGGGCCCGGCCAGGCCCCUUCUCAGACCCCACGCCAUACCAGGAGGUGCCCACCCCGAGGGCCACCGGCACCCGGUGACCCCUGAACCUGUGCUGACUGAUGCCCCUGAGCAGCCAAGAGCCAGGAUGGGCUGGACUUCCACAGGCCGAUCAGGCCGUGGGCUCCAUUUGUUCCUGUCCCGCUCCCCACACACCUGUUAAAGUGUCUUUCCACACAUCA